AUGGUGUCAAAAGUCAAUGAUUUGUUCAAUUUAUUUGUUGGUCGAUGGAUUUUCGCCAAAACUCCAAUGUUAGGUUUUCUAUUAAUUUUAAUAUCAACUUCGGUGAUCGCUGAUCAGCAGGUUAGUUUUUUCUAAAUAAUUGGUUAUGGCUGAUUCUAGAAACAUCAGCUGAUUUUAGAAACCAGUUUUUUAUUUUUUUUUUCUAGCAAUGGCCACUUCCUGACGAAGUUUCUGCAUCUCUUAUGCACGAAAUUCCUGUGCUUCACACAGCUUUCGUUCAAAUCGGUGAAGAACUUCAUUAUGUUGGGAAAGAAAAUAUGAAUAAAAAUAAAAACAAUCCUCAUCAUCAACAACAAAAUGAGAUGACGAAAAAUCAACUUCAACUCGAAAUCGAUCCGCCAAUGUUGGACUUUGGUGAUAAUUCUGUCGGAAGUGCACAGAAGCGAAAAGUUUAUGUGAAAAAUCUUCGGAAGGAGGUUCUACAUAUGGAUGCGUUUAUUGUGAAUUCAGUCGAAUUUCAGGCCUCAUAUUAUGAAUCAAAUGUAACUAACUUAGUUAAACUGACCCCAGAAUAAAAACAAUGUUUCAUUUUUCAGAAAAUCGGGCCCGGUGAAUCAACAUGGUUCGAAGUUGUAUUUUUGCCAAGAGAAAUCGGCAAACGCACAACAACAAUUGAAUUUUAUUCAGCCGGCGAUUUAUACAAAUAUAAAGUGACUGGAAAUUGUGUGUCGAAUCCGUAUCGAAUCUCACCAUUUGUAGGAUAUCAUAUUCCAUUGAAUACAACCAUUUCGAAACCCUUGAUUUUACAUAAUCCAUAUCCAUUUACAAUGACGAUUACAGAGGUGAAUUUUUUGAAUCGUAGAGUCAACUGUAGUUUUGAGAGUUGAUAGAAGUCUUCAAGACUUCGAGAAAUGAAAAGAAAAUAAAAAUUAGAAGUAUUCGUGGAUUUUGAAGGUCACGUCUCUUAGUUAUUUAUUUAUAGCAUUUUUCUCUGAAAAUGAAAAUGUGGUUGUUUUUAUUCGGAACAACAACGGAAUGAAAUUUUUGCAAAAAAACGUAAACCUUUAAAAUCCACGAAAUCCACGAAUUAUUCCACAUUCCAAAAAAAAACAAAAUUAAAUAAAUUCAUUUUCAGAUUUCGUCAUCUGGUGGAAAUGGUCAUAUUGAACUACCUCACGGAAUCGAUGAAAAUUAUGCCGAAGAACUUCCACAAUAUUGGGAUAUUCGACCGUUUCAAACAAAACAAAUUGCAAAUGUUAUGCUUGUUGGUGGAAUGACUGAUAAUACAACGUGUUUUGUGAGAAUUUCAGCCGAAUUGCAAGCUGUUGUGAACGUUCGUCUUGAUGAUAUAAUCUUAACUAUUCCAAUAGAAGUCACAAAAUCUCGAGGUGUUUAUUCGACCAGCGAAAUCCUAGAUUUUGGUCUCCUCCGAUCUGGAGAAAGAUCGAAUUCUCAAAUAUUCUCCGUUUUUCAAUAUCAACUUGGCGGGCGAUUAGAAUUUGAAACAUUAUAUGUGGAAAAAGGUGAUCAUACUGGAAUUUAUAUGGAAUUUUCGUCAAAUCCUCCGAUUAUUGUGUAUCCGGGAAGAAAUGCUAUUGCAGGUAAGAUUUUAAAUGAAAUUUACUGGAAAAAAACUUAAAUUCCAGGCCCGAAAGCUGAUCUAGUCAAGGUGUAUUUCGAUGCUUCGCGAAUUGAUUUUCCUGAUUCUGCGCCAGCUAUCAAACAUCACACCGGAUCAAUAAUUGCAGUUUCCCGAGGAGGAAAUUAUAAUCUAACAAUUCCAUUUAAAGCCGAUGUUUUUCAAGGCAAUCUAUACUCUGUUGGCAAUGAUUUAUCACUUCAAGAAGAUCUUCGACCACCGCAUCAACGAAUUGUUCGAAUUGAAAAUCAAUUACCAUUUGAUGUUGCUAUUUGGAAUAUCUCAAUGUCUUCAGAUGCGGUUAAUCAUUUUUCAGUGCGUCUUGUUGAUAAUGUUGUUUCGAUUCGAGCUGGACAUAUUGCUCCCGUUUUCAUCUUGAAAUACAAUAAAAAAGUGCCAACGAGUUUUGAUAAUGCGAUGAUUUAUGUGCACACAAACACUUCAACAUUUCGAUUGUAUUUGAAUAAAUUCUCAGGGAGAAUGAGUAUUGAAUUAACAUCAGUUGAUAAACAAUCAUUCGAUUUUGGAUUUGUUGAAAGAAAUGAUACAAGAACUAUUCGAUUCGUUGUUUGGAAUCAUAAUCGAGCUGAAAUGCGACUAAAGAAUUUGCAAGUUCCAUCACGACAAGCUUAUAGAUUAUAUGAAGUUGGAACACAAAAACGGGGAAGUCUAUUUUCGGAUGUUUCAAAUGAUGAAAGAAUUGAAUAUGUUCAAGCAAUUGAUGUUGAUAUUCAACCACAAAGUGGUAAAAUAUUUGACCUAGAAUUAAAGGUUCCGCAAGAUGGAUUAGUCAGAAAUGGUAAUAUAUUAUUUGAAACUGAAUACGAAUCCAAAUUGUUUGCUGUAACUUAUCAAGUUUCCACUGGAUCACUACAAUCUAUACCAGAAAAAAUAACAUUUGGCACAACUUUUCCCGCAAAAUUGGUUUAUCGAAGUUUACAAGUGUUCAAUUCUUUCGAUGAGGAUAUGACAGUAACCAGAUUGACUACAUUAAAUCAAGAUCCACGUUUUCAUUUCGAAGGAUUUGAUCCAAAUAUGCCCCCAGUUUUAAGAUCAGGAAGAUUGACGAAUUUAGGAAGAGUUAUGAUGUCACCACAAAUUCCAUGUUCACAUGAAUAUUGUUAUUUGGGUUUUCCACUGAACACUAAUGGUGAGAAGAUUUUCGAAAAGUUUAAAAAUAAAGAUAUUUUGCAGAUGGUCAAUGGUUUGUACACGGCCUCACACUUCCAGCUAAUUUGGCUGAAAUUGAUGCGUAUUUGUACAAAAAACAGCGAGCAAAAUAUGAUAAUCUUGUGAAAUCUGGACGACAUUUGGUGAAUACAACUGUUAUUUUGGAUACGGAUAAAGCGAAGAAUAUUAAGGUAUGCGGGGAAUUUUGAAAAGAAAGUAAAAAAAUAUAUAUUUGAAAAGAUUAUGUGAAUCCGUAGAUCCAAGAUUUUCAGACAAUUUUGAAAUUUCCACUCAAAACCUAAUUUGUUUCCAGGUCAAAACAUCUGCUGAACUAGUUUGGCCUCGUUUGUUGACUCGAAACUCUAUUCAUUUUCCACUCACAGCUCUCGGCAAUUUCACAAUUGUCAAUCUAACAUUAGCAAAUCCAACAAGUAUGCCAAUUGCAAUUCAAGUCAUUCCAUUGGUAAUUUACCCGGAUGCUGAAGUUUUGGUCGAUCUUUUCCGACCACAUCUUCUCACACCAUUAUCUGAACAUGUUGAAAUGAAUGAGACAUUGAUGUUUUCAUUGAGAGACACUGAAUUGUUCACAUUGAAACCGGAUUCACCAGUUCCGAAACUUCGAGAAGAAUUGGAAUCUCUUAUUCCACAUAAUGUUCCGAGAUUUACAUUAUCAAUGAUAUUAAAACCACAUAUGAAAGUUCGAUUAAGAUUAGGAUUUUUGCCGUCAGAUUAUACAUUGAGAUCUUCGCUUUUAUUGAUUCGAAAUAAUUUGACAGUUAUGGAACCAGUUGUAAUGUAUGGAAAAGGUGCACGAAUUGGAGUUAGAUUGGAAAAUAUGGAAGCAAGAUCGAAACAAGCAUUAUUAUUUGAAAUUCGACAUGAUCAUUUGACUGAUUGUAAUAAUCCAAAAAGACUUAUGCAUAAACUUCAUUCAACACUUACUGUUCGUCGACCAUUCAUGGUUCAUAAUUCGGGAGAAGUUCAAUUUACAAUAACAAAUAUGUCAAUCAAUGGUGUGCCUUGUGAGAAUCGAGGUUUUCGAAUAUUGAAUUGUUAUCCUUUCAAAUUACAACCAAAUGAAACAUAUGCUCUUGAUGUUGCUUAUACACCAGAUUUUCUAACAACUACAAAUGAGGCUGAUCUUCAAUUAUAUAUGCAUAUGAAUGGAAGUGCGUGGUUGUUCCCAUUGGCGGCUACAGUACCCGGAGAUAUGUUGGCGAAAUGUCAUCAAGCAUUGCCAAGACCACCAUUUGAGAAUAUUAUGUAUUAUUGUUGUGUGACGGCGUUGAUGUGAGUUUUUAAAAUUCUGAAAUUGUGUUUUUUUUACGAAAAUUCAAAAUUGUUCACAAUUUCUCAGGCGAAUUUCGAAAAAAAAUUGAAAAUCAUAGAACAUUAAAAAUCUCCAUUACUGAUUGAUUUCAUCCAACAUUCGCUCAAAAUUUGAAAAACGGUACGAAAAAGCUUAGCAAAUUUUGAUUCUUGGACAACUUUCCUAAUACUAAAUUCAAUUUCUCGUUGAAUCACGUUAAUAGCGUACAAUAAAUAAAUACAUUUCUGGGAGAAAAUAUAUCUAAUUCGAUUUGAAACGUAAAAAAAACAGAUUUAUUUAAAAUUUGCUCAAUUCUUUUUUUAGAGAAAACUAGAGAAAAAUUCCAAUCAUCUAUUAUUGUUUUUUUUCCAGUUUCUGCCUUGUUUGUGUUAUCGCUUGUGCUUAUCUUGAAGGAGAUCGUGCAAUUGCAUGUGCAAUUCGACAACAAUUUACAACACCAAGACAUGUUUUCGAUUUGAAUAAUCUAGCAAAACAACAUCAACAACAACAGAAUCAACCAAAAGAAGCAGAAAUUCCUCAAAAAGAAGCGCCAAAAACUGAAGAAAAAUGGAAACUUAGCAAUCCAUCAACUUUACGAGUUUCAUCCGAUGCUUGGAUUGUUAAAAGAUAUGCAAUUAAAUUGGCCAAUUAUGUUGUUCAAUUAGUUCAUUCAGUUUGGAAAUUAUCACUGUUUUAUCGAAAAGAUGAUAAACCCGCGCCUCAGAAAAAUACGAAAGCGAAAAAGAAAAAGAAUCCCGUAACAGCAAAAAAAGAAGAAGUUGCUGUUGUUAAACCAGUUUCAGCUGCUCCUCAAAAAGUUUCACAACCUAAAAAGUCGCCGAAACCGACAAAUAAUAAUAAUAAACGAAAGAAAAGUAGUGAGAAAAAAGAAAUUCCGAUUCAAAAUCGAUCGAAAAGUCGGGAGAAAAAGAAGGGAAGUGCAAAGAAAUUGGAAGUUUUGGCGAUUCCCGAACCUGAGAAAAUAAUUGAAGAACCCGAAAUUGUUGAAGAAGUUGAAGAAGAAGAUCAAGAAGAUAUUGUUGAGGAAAUACCUGAAGAAAUGUAUAAAUUACCAACAUUUGAUUCACAAAUUUAUCAACAAUUUAUUGAUGCAACAAAUGCUUCGAUGAGCGAUGAAAUGUGGGAUACGCCAGCCGCACAAGCUGCCAUGCAAUAUAUGAAUAUUUGGAAUUAUGGUGCACCUUUGACUGUUGAACAAAUGCAGGCAUUGAUUGGACAUGUUGGAGGAGGAGCGGAACCGAGUACACCAACACAGAAUACUGUAAAUCAGUUUGGAUGGAAUUAUCCGCAGGGAGGAGAAGAGGAGAAAUUGUUGGAAGAAGAUCAAGAGAGUAUUGCGCCGGAUUGGGCAGAUGAGGUAUGGUUUUGGGAAAAUGCUGGAAUAUCUUGAAGUUUCCAGUUGAAAAUGAAAUUCUUUGAAAUUUUUAAGUUAAAGUUUUCCCUGUGAAUAAUUACUUCAAAAAUAUCCUUCCUAAAAAGUCGGUUCACAAUUUUUGAAGCACAAUUUUCUCCAUGAAAAUUUCCUGAAAAUAUUAAUUAUUGUUAAAUAUUUUCCUCAUCUAACUUUUUUUUUGUUACAAAUUAUGCAAUAUUCAGAUUUUCUAUAAAACUUUUUUGUUAAUCCUCAAAACCUCAAAAUUUCAGGAAGUGAAUGCAAGUGACGCUGAAAUGGAUUUCUCAAAAAUGGCAGCUGCUUCGAAUAAUUUGGUAUUGACAGAUGAUGAAUUAGAAGAAACAAAUCAAAAUAGUGUGAAGAAAAAUGAUCGAAAUCGAAAAAAGAAUCGAAGUCCGAGUGUUGCAAGUUUAAUUGCAUCGUCGACGUUGUCUAAAAGAGUGAGUUAUGACAUGGCAGAAUUUUUAAAGCAAAACAAUUUAUGAAAUGUUCAAACUUUCAAACUCUAAAAAUCGGUUCACCGGCUCAUUUCGAAUUUAUCUUUGAAAUUUAUUCACCUAUUUCUUUCCAGCUCGAUUCACCGCAAAAAAUGGGAACUCGCCGACUCACAAUUGGAAGUGAAAAGAAAGAUUUGAAAAGUUUUGCUCGAACACCUGGAGCCAAACCAGUUUCUGAUCCUUUCCAAUCCACAACAACAAAUCCAACACAAAAUUAUCCAACUUGGUCAACUAUGGAUUUCUCAUUAUAUCAAAAUGAAUCGACAUCAAAUGUUUGGGGAAAUUCAAGUUCAAAUUCACAACAACAAAAUUUGGACCAUCAAAAUCAAAAUUUAUGUGGAUCACCAAUCGAUCCUUUGUCUGGAUUGGGAAUGGAUUUAGGAACAACUUCAUAUAACACAAUGUUCAGUGGCCCCGAUUUCAAUUUGUGGUCCGAUUCGAAAUUCGAUCCCACCACAGCUUGGGCGAAUUUGGUGAAAAAAGAAGAAGAAGAAGAGGAUGAUGAACAACACAAAAAAUAA